AUAAACCUGGGUUACCUGGGGGACAUUUCACUACGCAAACAUCAGUACUUACCGUAACUAUUAAAGGCAAAAUGUCAAUCAUCCUCGCCCUUCUCGUCUGCCUGCCCAUGGUCUUUGGCCAGGACAUCAACCAGGUGGCCGACGCCUCAUUCAGGAGAAUGGACGCCAACCACGACGGUCACAUCGUUAGAUCAGAAGUCAACACCUACUUUGAUGGCUACGACCAAAACAACGACGGUCACGUAACCAGAGGUGAAUACACCCACCAUGUUGACCAACUGUACCACGACCCCACCGUCAACAGAGUCCUCCACGGCAUCUUCAACGGUCUAGACAGCGACAGCGACGGUGUCCUUGACAACGACGACUACACCGCUCUCUUCAACAACGCCGACUCGAACGGCAACCAUCAGGUCACCGAGCAGGAAUACAGAACUUAUUUCCAGACCCUCGCCAACUAACCAGGUCCAAAUAUCAAACAAUUUUUCUAAAUUAUUAUACAUUGU